GAAAUAGGUGGCUGGAGACUGGUUUUAGUUUUGGAAGUAUUUAAAGUGAAAGAGUAUGGAAAUAGUGUUACCAAGUUUCUUCAGUGCCGCUGCGUGAAUACUGCACUUGCAGACCAGUUUGAAGACACAAAUACAUCGGUAUCUGAACGCAUGAAGAUUUUCUACUGUUGUCAGGUGCCUCCACGUUGGGCUAUACAGCGUCAGCUUGCAAGCUUACUAUUUGAGCUGGGGUGCACCAACUCUGCCUUACAAAUAUUUGAGGAGCUGGAAAUGUGGGAAGAUGCAGUAAUCUGCUAUGAAAGAGCAGGACAGCACGGAAAGGCAGAAGAAAUACUCAGGCGGGAGUUAGAGAAAAAGGAAACACCAGGAUUAUAUUGUUUGCUUGGUGACGUUCUUAAAGACCACCAGUAUUACGACAAAGCCUGGGAGCUCUCCAGGCACCGAAGUGCCCGUGCCCAGCGCUCCAAAGGCCUCCUUCAUCUCCACAACCGGGAAUUCAGGGAAUGUGUGGAGUGCUUUGAACGUUCCGUGCAGAUCAACCCUAUGCAGCUAGGUGUAUGGUUUUCCUUGGGCUGCGCGUACAUUGCUUUAGAAGGCUAUGAAGGUGCUGCCAAAGCAUUUCAGCGCUGUGUGACGCUGGAACCAGAUAAUGCUGAGGCCUGGAACAAUUUAUCAACUGCUUAUAUCAGAUUAAAACAGAAAAUCAAAGCUUUUCGAACCCUUCAGGAAGCUCUCAAGUGCAACUAUGAGCACUGGCAAAUAUGGGAGAACUAUCUUCUUACCAGUACAGAUGUUGGAGAGUUUUCAGAAGCAAUUAAAGCUUAUCACCGGCUCAUGGACUUAAGGGAAAAGUACAAGGAUACACAGGUGCUGGCUAUCCUGGUCAGAGCAGUGGUGGAUGGUAUGGCAGAUCGCACUGGAGAGGUAGCGAGUGGAUUGAAGGGGAAAUUGCAAGAGCUCUUUGGCAGAGUGACUUCACGAGUGACAAACGAUGGAGAGAUCUGGAGACUUUAUGCCCAACUUUAUGGAAAUGGGCAGAGUGAUAGUGGUGAAGAUAUCGAAAAGUCACUGCAGUGUCUCACUAAGGCACAUAAAUGUGAAAUUCAAUCAAGUGAUUGGGAGAAAGAUGUUUCUUCUUUUAAGAAAGUGGUGAAAGGAGCAAUAGAGAUUGCACAUGUGGCUAUAAAAUGCAGCAAGAACAAAUCUAAUCAUCAGGAAGCUUUGCAGAUACUUUCUUCAGCUCGGCUCAACUUACGUGGCUUGUCAUCCAAAGCAAAGCAACUUUUUGUAGAUGUAACAAGUAAUGAAGUUCACAGUGAGAUAGCUGAUGAAGUGAUAACUAUGGACAACACGAUUGCUGAACUUCAGGAACUGAGCAACCAGCUGAGAGACCGGUGCUGACAUAUGGACCAGAUUUGGUGACAGGAAGACAACGACAUGUUUCUUUUGCUGAUGAAAUGGUAACAAUUCUAAUGCAACAACACUGUCAAUAAACAUUUUUCUGUACA